AAUAAAAAUAUCUCAUGACAAAGUGUUAACAUUUUGUGAUAAUGAUUGUUAUCUAUGGAGAGCCUUCCAUCUCGUAACUUUAACUUUCUUGGCGCUUGCCGCAUCCAUUCCAUACAGUCGGCAUUUGAAAGUGUAACGGACUAGUUCAAUAAUACUAUCUGAUUCCGUUAAUCGUUCAAAUUCAAAACGAACACAAUCUGUGAUGAUCAAACUUGGCUUUCAAUACUAUUGAAAGCAAUUAUAAUUUUAAAAUCAAAUUCGCUGUUCAUUUUGUGUUUCCAAAUUAAUUGUGAAGAAUUUCAAAAGAGAAAAAUAGAGAUAAGUCCAAUUACGAAUAAACUGGGUGUUUUUGUAGACUUCUAUAUCUUAAAAAGAGAUUUAUCAAUUGUGCUUUGUCUAUGCAAAGUGGAUUGUGAUUUUUGAUUGUAUACCAAAAAAAAUGAAACUAGUGCUGUUGUGGUUUUGUGUGAUUGGGUCGCUAGUCGACAUCGCGUUGGGUGCACCAGCGGAGCAAAAUGCCGAAAAUAUCGAAAAUGCUGAAAAUGUAGACUAUCGUCUGAAUACAGACGUUGAACCGAUUGAAUAUACCAUUGAUCUUACGCCACAUUUUGAUAAUGAAGGGGGCAAUGAACCUUUCACCUUCGAUGGAAGUGUGAUUAUUCAACUACAAGCAACCAAACCUAAUGUCAAAACCAUCACCCUUCAUAAAGAGGAAUUGGAUAUUUCCGAAGUCAGUUUGGCAACAAAAUCCAAAUAUUUUCCAUCAUUUCCAUGGAAUGUAGAGAAAAUGGCGAUAAAUAAUACUACAUAUGAUGAACGCACAAACAAAUAUAGCCUCACACUUGAAGAGCCACUCGCCGAAAAUAAAUUAUAUGAACUGACUUUUAAAUUCAAAGGUAAACUGAGAACCGACAUGAAAGGAUUCUAUCGUAGUUCGUACAAAGAAGGCAAUGAAACAAAAUAUUUGGCUUCCACCCAAAUGCAACCAAUGCACGCUCGCAAAGUGUUUCCAUGCUUUGAUGAACCACGAUUCAAAGCAACAUUCAGCAUUAGUAUGAAUCGACCGACUCAUUUCCAACCAACACUCAGCAAUACGAAGAUUCUGAGCUCAUAUCAAUGGCGUUCGGAUUUGGUUCGUGAACAUUUCGAAAAGACUCCAAAAAUGUCUUCAUAUUUGGUAGCCUUUAUUGUGUCCGAAUUCCAAUGCCGUGAAAAUGAUGCGAAAACAUUCGCCGUUUGCUCUCGACCAAAUGCAAUCAGUCAAACUGAGUACAGUUUCGACAUGGGCCAAAAACAACUAAACAAAUUCGAUGAACUCUUUGACUACAAGUAUAACACUCAUAUUUCAAAAAUGGCAAUGGCUGCAAUCCCCGAUUUUUCGGCAGGAGCCAUGGAAAAUUGGGGCUUAUUGACUUAUCGUGAAACGGCCCUUCUCUACGAACCAGAAGUGUCGACGGCAAUGGCUCAACAGAGAGUGGCUGCAGUGGUUGCGCAUGAACAGACUCAUAUGUGGUUUGGUGAUCUUGUGACCUGCGAGUGGUGGUCGAAUACAUGGCUCAAUGAAGGCUUUGCAAGAUUCUUCCAAACGUUUGGUACAGCAAUGGUUGAAACGACUUGGGGCUUGGAUCAACAAUUUGUUGUUGAGCAAUUGCAAUCCGUAUUCGGCCCUGACUCAUUGGAAGAUUCGCAAGCACUUACUCACGAAGUAAACACACCCGACGAGAUAGACGACAGAUUCGGUUCUAUUUCAUACAACAAAGGCGCUUCGGUAAUUAGAAUGGUUGAGCACACAAUUGGGCACGACACAUUUAUUUCUGCGCUCCGAAAUUAUCUCAAAGCAAAUGAAUUGAGUACUUCGUUGCCAGAAAAAUUGUAUAAAGCUUUCCAAGAUGAAGUCCAUACUGGUCUAGAUGUUACUGACUUUAUGAGCGGUUGGGUCACUCAACCCGGCUAUCCCGUUGUAAAUGUGAAUGUUUUCGCCGAUCGAAGAACGAUUGCGCUGACACAGCGAAAAUUCUUGCGAAACAAUCCAAAACACGAAGAUAACACCGUCUGGAAUAUUCCAAUUAGCUAUGCUACAGAUAAAUGGAACACAAACUUCACCAAGACAAACGCAAUUGUUCAUUUAAAUAGUAAGAGUGAGCAGCAGCAUAAGCUGAACGAUGUUGCUGAAUGGCUUGUGGUCAACGUACAACAAACGGGUUAUUAUCGAGUGAAUUACGAUGACGCCAGUUGGAAGGCAAUCGAUAAGGUCUUACAUGAUUCGCACGAAACCAUUCAUGUACUCAAUCGUGCUCAGCUCGUUGACGAUGCACUGAAUUUGGCUCGUGCCUCUCAGCUCAAUUAUACACAAGCCUUACAUACUAUCCAUUAUCUGAAAAAUGAAACGGACUAUGUUCCAUGGUUAUCUGCAUUCAAUAAUUUCGAUUUCAUUUUGGCACGAUUCAAGAGCGAUGAUGCGAAGAUAUUCAAAAAAUUCAUCUUGGGCCUUUUGAAUAAGGUGUACUCUCACCUUGGGUUCUAUCCAAAACCAGACAAUGACACUCGCUUAGAUAUCUACAAUCGAAACAAUGUACUGAAGUAUGCAUGCAAAUUUGGCCAUGAACAAUGUAUCACUGAUGCACGUGCCGAAUUCGAUAAAUUGCUACAGACAAGUCACAAAAUUCCAGUGAAUCUGGUGCCCGUAGUCUAUUGUUCGGUGAUUAGCGAGGGAUCAGACAAAGAAUGGACAUACUUGUGGGAGAAAUUCCAAAAUGAAAAUGUGGCCGCUGAACAAGUUACAAUUCUGAGUGCCUUGGGUUGCACGAAGCAAGCAAACUUGAUAACGAAAUAUCUUGAUCUCAUCUUGACCGAUAAUAUUCGAUUGCAAGAUAAAUAUUCAGCGCUCGUAUCCACACUGAUGCAAAAAGAAAACUUUGAAUUAGUUCUCGAUUACGUUCUAACAAACCACCAAAAUAUUACUAAAGUAUUCGAGACAGAUAAUGAAUUACCAAAGAUCUUGACACAACUUAUCGGACGAUCAACCACAAGUGAACAAAUUGAAAAGUUGCGAAAGUUUGUCAAAGAGAAUGAUUUGGAGUCGAAUAAAAACUUGAAGACCGCCUUGACAAAUGCUGAUUUCAAUCUCAAAUGGGCUGAACAAAAUGUCCCAAUAAUCAAGGACUUUGUGAAAGAAAAGGAAGAUGAGGUGCCGGGCAGCGCAAUGACACACACCAUUUCUGGUGCCAUCCUUGUAGGCUUGAUUUUCGUUUCAUUUUUCAACUAUAGGUUUUCGUUAGUGAUUUUUUGUGUGAUCGGACCGUUGAUUGACACCAGUUUGAGUGCACCAAGUGUUCAAGACAUUGACAGUGCAUCGAAUUCUACAUUAGAAAAAGUUGAAAAAUUAAAUCAUCGUCUAAAUUCCGAUGUUGUGCCUGUAGAUUACGUCAUUGAACUGACACCAUAUUUCAAUAAUGAAACGGGCAAAGAAGCAUUCACCUUUGAUGGAAACGUAAAGAUUACUCUACAGGCUACCAGAGCUGAUGUCAAAAUAAUCACUCUUCAUCAAGAAGAUUUGAAUAUUUCGCAGCAAUCGCUGACACUAAAAUCGAAUUUAUUUCCAUCCUUUUCAUGGGAUUUGCAAAGUAUAAAUAUCGAUCAUUAUGAAUAUGAUGAACGCACCAAAAAACACAGUAUCAUACUCUCUGAGCCGCUAGUCGAAAAUCUAUUGUAUGAUCUAGUCAUUACGUAUACGGGUAAAUUGAGAACCGAUAUGCUUGGAUUCUAUCGCAGCUCAUACAAAGAUGGCAAUGUAACAAAGUGGCUUGCUUCGUCAAAAAUGGAGCCGGGUCAUGCAAGAAAGGCGUUCCCUUGCUUUGACGAGCCAAAAUUCAAAGCAACAUUCUCCAUCAUUCUCAAUCGACCAAGUCAUUUCGCACCAUCGCUGAGCAAUACUCCCCUUGUAACUUCUUCCUCCCUACUGGCAUCUGAUUUGGUUCGUGAAAGUUUCGAAAAAACUCCAAAAAUGUCUACAUACUUGGUAGCCUUUAUUGUGUCCGAGUUUCAAUGUCGUGAAACUGAAGAUAAAACAUUCGGCGUUUGCUCUCGACCGAAUGCAUACAAUCAAACUGAGUACAGCUUCGAAGUGGGUCGAAAAACAUUAGCCAAAUUCGAUGAAAUUUUCGAUUAUAAGUAUAGUACCCACAUGUCUAAGCUGCAGAUGAUCGCGAUUCCCGACUUUGUUUCAGGUGCCAUGGAAAAUUGGGGUUUGGUAACGUAUCGCGAAACGGCUCUUCUGUAUGAUCCAAAUGUGUCAACGGCUAGAGCGCAGCAAAGAGUUGGUACCGUUGUUGCGCACGAACAAACGCACAUGUGGUGGGGCAACCUCGUAACCUGUGAAUGGUGGUCGAAUUUGUGGCUCAACGAAGGAUUUGCAACAUACUUCGAAUACUUUACAACAGCGUUGGUGGAAAAAACAUGGGAUUUGGAGCAGCAAUUCGUAGUUGAUGAGCUACAAAGCAUUUUCGAAGCCGACUCAUUGGAAGACUCCCAUGCGCUCACUCACGAUGUGGAAUCGCCCAGCGAAGUAGCAGACAGGUUUGAUUCGGUGUCGUACAACAAAGGUGGAUCUGUGAUUCGUAUGUUUGAACAUACAUUUGGAUAUGAUAUUUUUAUUGCCGCACUCAAAUAUUAUCUUAAAACAAAUGCAUUGAGUACAGCCACUCCCGAAACUCUGUACGCAGCUUUCCAAGAACAACUUUCGAAUGGACUAAAUGUAACUGAAUUCAUGAGCGGUUGGAUUUCUCAGCCCGGAUAUCCCGUUUUAAAUGUGAAUGUUUCAAGCGAUCGUAAAUCGAUUCAAAUUUCACAACGAAAAUUCCUGCGAAACAAUGCCGAACAUCAAGAUAAAACACUGUGGCAUAUCCCGAUAACAUAUGCAUCCAAUAAAGAAAACGUAGACUUUAAACAAACGAAAACGGACACAUUUUUCGCAGAGGAAUCACGGACAAUUGAUUUGCCCGAAGCCAUUGAAUGGAUCGUGUUCAACGUACAACAAACAGGUUAUUAUCGUGUGAAUUACGAUGGCGCCACUUGGGCUGCUAUUGACAAGGUCUUGUACACUUCGCCAACCACUAUACAUGUACACAAUCGUGCUCAGAUUGUUGACGAUGCACUGAGUUUGGCACGUGGUCAUCAACAUAAUUAUCCACAGGCCUUAAACACCAUAAAAUAUUUGCGCAAUGAAACUGACUAUAUUCCAUGGUUAUCCGCAUUCAACAAUUUUGAUUUCAUUUUGGCACGGUUUAAAAACGAAGAGGCUGCUUUAUUCAAAGAUUUUGUUCUCGACUUAUUGACCAACGUUUACGCACAUCUUGGAUUUUAUCCAAAAGAGACAGACAAGCGCUUGGAUAUUUACAACCGGAAUAAUGUGUUGAAAUACGCGUGUAAACUUGGCCAUAAACAGUGUAUUGACGAUGCACGUGCCGAAUUCGAUAAGCUCUUACAAAAGAAUUACAAAAUUCCAGUGAAUCUGGUGCCCGUAGUCUAUUGUUCGGUGAUUAGCGAGGGAUCAGAUAAAGAAUGGACAUACUUAUGGGAGAAAUUCCAGAAAGAAAAUGUGGCCGCUGAACAAGUGACCAUUCUGAAUGCUUUGGGUUGCACGAAGCAAGCACACUUGAUAACGAAAUACUUUGAUCUCAUUUUGUCCGAUGAUAUUCGAUUACAAGAUAAACAUUCGGCCCUUGCAUCGACGUUGACACAACAAGUAAACAUUGAUUUAGCACUCGAUUUCAUUGUGACAAAUCAUAAAAACAUUACUAAAGCAUUUGAGUCGGAAAAAGAGGUGCCAAAGAUUUUAUCAAGCUGUGUGGCCCGGUUAACAACCAGCAAGCAAAUCGAAAAAGUUCAAGCCUUUAUCACCGAAAACAAAUUGGAAUCAAAUGAAAUCCUGAAAAAGGCCGUGAAAAGUGCACAAUCCAAUUUGAUAUGGGCCGAACACAAUGUACCGAUCAUCAAAGAUUACCUACAGAAAAAUCCAAAUAGCGCAUCAACGCACACCAUUUCAUGCUUUAUCCUAUUGAGUGUAAUUUUUAUUUCUAUUUUUAAUUGCUAGCACUUUUUGUGUGACUUUUAUGACCCACAUCAGGUUUAGAAAAUAUAAACAUUCAUAAGAGACGUCAAUAUAUUGCGCUCAUUUAUGAAAAACUUCA